AUUUGUGGAAUCCUCUGGAGAGGUGUGGUCACAGCACACGGAAGAAAUAAACUGUUUCCGUGUUUACGGAAUUUUCUUUCCAGCAAAUUUUCUUCUGAAAGUUACUUUUAAAACAAGAAUAUGGGUGCGUGUAUGGCGUUGUGUUCGCUGGCCAGCUGUGCCUCAUGUCUGUGUGGCUCCGCCCCCUGCCUCCUGUCUGGCUGCUGUCCAUCCACCAACAACUCCACGGUGACGCGGUUGGUGUACUCCUUCUUCUUGCUCCUGGGCACCAUGGUGUCCAUCAUAAUGAUCCUGCCUGGUAUGGAGAUGCAGCUGAAUAAGAUACCGGGUUUUUGCAAGGACGGCACCUCCCUAAUUAUCGUAGGGAACAAGGUAAACUGUGACAUCAUCGUGGGCUACAAGUCUGUGUACCGCAUGUGCUUUGCUAUGGCCUGUUUCUUCUUCCUGUUCUGCCUCAUCAUGGUCCGGGUACGAAGCAGCAAGGAUCCCCGUGCCCGCAUUCAGAACGGGUUCUGGUUCUUCAAGUUUAUGAUCCUUGUGGGAAUCACUGUAGGUGCCUUCUUCAUUCCCGAUGGGACCUUUAACACCGUGUGGUUCUACUUUGGUAUGGUGGGCUCCUUCAUCUUCAUCCUCAUCCAGCUCAUCCUCCUUGUUGACUUUGCUCAUACCUGGAACGAGACCUGGGUAGGAAAAGCCGAGGAGGGCAACACGAAGUGCUGGUUUGCAGGUCUGCUCUUCUUUACUAUCCUAUUCUAUUCCCUGGCAUUCGCUGCGGUGGUGCUGUUUUACCUGUUUUACAUUCAACCUGACGACUGCGCUGAGCACAAGGUCUUCAUCAGCCUGAACCUCAUUUUCUGCAUCAUCGUAUCCAUCGUCUCCAUCCUGCCCAAAGUGCAGGAAGCUCAGCCACAGUCUGGCUUGCUGCAGUCAUCCCUCAUUACUCUGUACACCAUGUAUGUCACAUGGUCUGCCAUGGCCAACAACCCUAACCGGAAGUGCAACCCCAGCCUGCUAGGCCUAGUGUCUGCGAGCACCGACCCAGCACCUACCCUCGCCCCCGGACAGGUUCAGUGGUGGGACGCACAAGGCAUCGUGGGAUUGGUCAUCUUCCUUUUCUGCACACUCUAUGCCAGCAUCCGCUCCUCCAACAACGCCCAGGUGAACAAGCUGAUGCAGACCGAGGAGUCUCAGGGCCUGACGGCUGUGGAGGCGGGGCCCUCAGAGGACGGGGUGAGGCGGGCCAUGGACAACGAGGAGGACGGAGUCACCUACAGCUACUCCUUCUUCCACUUCUGCCUCCUGCUGGCCUCGCUCUACAUCAUGAUGACCCUCACUAACUGGUACCUACCGGACACAGAGUACGACGCGAUGAAGAGCACCAUGCCGGCAGUGUGGGUGAAGAUCUCCUCCAGCUGGCUGGGCCUGGUUCUGUAUCUCUGGACCCUGGUGGCUCCGCUCAUCCUGAGAAACAGAGACUUCAACUGAGCGGCACCGAGUGGGCCGCAAGUUUGUGUGCACAUUUGUCUGUGAGUGUGCAUGUAUAUGAGUGUGUGCGUGAGCAUGAGUGUGUGACUGGGCACAUUUAUGUGUGCGUGUGUGAAUGUGAGUGUGCAUACGCGUGUGUGUGUGCGUGCAUGCAUGUGUAUGUGUGUGCACGUUAUUGCAUGAGUGUGUGUGUGAGCUUGAGAGUGUGUGCGUGAGCUCAUUUAUGUGUGCAUGUGAAUGUACGUGCAUGCAUGUGUGCAUGUGUGUGUGUGUGUGUGCGUGUUAGUGUAUGAGUGUGUGCGUGAGCAUGAAUGGGUGUGUGUGAGCUCAUUUAUGUGUGUGCAUGUGAGUGUACGUGCAUGCUUGUGUGUGCGCAUUUAUGUGUGCACGUGUGUGUGCUUGCAUGUUCUGUAGUUUCUGCUUGUCUUGAAUCUGGUGGGUGGUGAUUGACAGCACCUUCUUAUUCUGUCAGUUGGAAGGAUAUGGAAGAAACCUUGACUUGACGCCAUGUUUUUGUCUAUGGGGGGAAAAUGUUAGUGUUUCUGUUUUACUCUUAAUGAUUUUCCUUUUUUAUACAACACUGAAGUCUUAAUAUGACAUUUUAGUAAUUUAGCGAGAGAAACUUGUGUACUUACAUAUAAGGCCUUUUAUUCACCAUUUGGCUUCAAUUUUAUUAUUUACCUUUUGGUACACAUUAUCCAUUAGUUUUACUUUAAUAUGCCAUUAAUCACAUUUUAUAAUCAUUUGAACAGUGAUUGUAUACUAAAUUGGUGUCUAAAUGCUGACUGUAGACCAGAGAAUCCUAAGGGUUUAUUUUAUUUUCAGUGCUAGAAGUCAUGAUCCUGUAUCCAUACAUGAUCCUUUAUCUGUACACUAUGACCUCGGUCUCUUAACUGUCAUUUUCAAUUUUAAGACACUAAUGGGGAAAAUGUGUCGUUUUUAGUUGGUUUUGGGGUUUUUUCUCCCAUGAAAAUAAGAUUUUAAAUUAAGGUAGGCACUAAGCUGAACUGCUUUAUUUAUCCCCAUGUCCAUGUCUCAUAUUCGAGUUAGCAGUGAAAUUUAUAUACAGUAUAAUGACAAUGUUCUGUUCUGUUUCCAUCAGCCAUAAAGUGUCACCUAGCAAUAGGACUUCAUGAAUAAAUUGAAUCAAAUUAAUUUCUAAGCCAGCAAGGAACAGAUUAGAGGGUUUUAGGUCAUGUUUGAAGUUAUAUUUAAAUACCUGAUUGGUACCUUGCAUGGCAGCCUAUUGUUGGAGUGUGUGUGUGUGUGUGUGUGUGUGUGUGUGUGUGUGUGUGUUUGUGAGUGAAAGAGGUAUCAAUUGUAAAGCGCUUUGGAUAAAUACACUAUGCAGUCCAUUUACCAUUUAAAAUCAUUAUGUUAGCAAUGCCAUGGGGACCAUUAUUGAACUUGCAUUUUAGUAUUUAGUUAAACAAGGUAUAGAUGUGUGUACAGUAUAUUAGUGCAUUUCUGUAUUUAGCACACUAAAAGGAAAAAUCAUUUGGUUUGUUGAUUAUGGGCUGUAUUUUUUAAAUAUGUACUUUUGUAUUUCCUUUGGUUUCAGAAUUCUGAAUUUUUCCUGCUCUUUAUCUUUGAUUUCAGUCAAUAAAUCAUAUUCUUUGUA